AUGCCGAGAGCUUCUUUAAAUCUUGAUUGAAUAGUUUUUUCAGUUGGAAGAAAUUCAUCAGAUUUUAAAGAUUUAAGAACCCAUGAUAAGCUUUCUAAGCUCAGGCUUUCUAAUUUUAAUCCAAUAAAAUUUUUGGAACCAAAUCUACCAAAUUGCUUUCUUGAUAAAAAUAUGAUUUCUAAGCUACUAGCUUCAUCUAAAAUUUUAUGACAUUUUUCGGCGCUGAAACCAUAUUUUAUUGAAAAAUCAGUUAUCAACAGCUCAAGUUCUACCAUCACUUGUCCUUUCUCAGCAAAAGUCUUUAAUAUUUCUAUCAAAAAAUCAUGAAUCUGCUUUUGACCACAUUUUGGAAUGAAAGCUUGCUGUUUAUUACAAACUCCAAUCGAUACAUUUAAUUUUUCAGUUUUUAUUUUGUCUAACUCAGAAUCUUGAAGAUCUAACUGGUUUGCGAUUCUAUAA